GAGGGAUGAGAACGUAAAAAGUUUUUUUUUUCUUAAACCGAGCGACCAACCGCGGAAAAAAGUUUGAGUUUGGGAGAACUUAACUUUCCUUCCAAGGACCCAAAAGGACCAAAAAGGGGAUUUCCUACUCUUCCCUUAUUUCCCGCUUCGAUAUCGGACGACUUUUUCCAAAAGAAAACCGGGGCCUUUCAGUUACUUCAAGAAUCAAGACAGUCGCACAGUGCACAAUGGGCGCACCGUAAAGAAAGCGUGCGUUAUAGUAGAACCGACUGGAAUCCAAUAUAUAUAGUUUUGAAGUGUGUGUGUUUUUUUAAAACAUUUGUUUCGUCAUGCGGGCUUACUUUUUUUCUGUGUCGUGCUGUAGCAUUGCGAAAGUAUUACGCCGAGCAAACGUCUGUCAGAGAACGGCCUUUAAGAGCUACAAAGCAAUAAAGCCUUACCCUGUGACACGCACGCAGCGAUGCGUGUAAUAAAGUGAACUCAUGCCUCGUAAAUAUCAAACGAUUUCACCGGAAAGGAUUCUCAUCGCUGCUGGCAGAUUUGAGGCCAGAGCCAUCAAUCAUAACCACACAAUAUGCAAGUUUUUCUUGUACAGGUGUUAACCUGUCGUCACCAACAAUCUCAGGAUCAUCACUUGGACAAAAAGCAUCCCAUUGCAUUGGCAAAUCGAGUUAUGGAUCUCUCUUUUUCCCCUUUUUUUAAAUGUUCUCGUGUACGCCCAUGUGAAUAUGGGUGUAUUCACGAGGACACCCUUUUUACCCUAUCCCGUCUGGUGUAAUUCAGCUCUUCUGCGGAUGGAUGGAGCAACUGUAGGUGUAUGGCUGUACUUCCCAGGCCUAAAGGCCCUCGUCACGUUCGCCGCACAUCUCUCUGUUGAAUUGUCUUUUCUUCUUCUGCCUGGAUAUAAAUAUCAUCGGAGAAGAAAGAGAGAGCGAGGGAGGAGUGCGCAUGUGUCCCGUGUGUAUAUAUUGGCGACUGCUGCUGCUGCUGAUGGCAGCGCCUAUCCGAGUGUCAGUGCUGUCGUCGUCCGCCGCCACAGCACAGUGCCCAGCACCAGCAUUCAGCAGAGUCUCUCCGCAGUGUAGCGCCGAAAAUCUAACCGUCCAAACCAGGAAACUUUGACAGCGGCGCGUGCCGACGAUAUAUAAUCAAGACGGCAAGACCCUCGCCGCUUUAGUGCGCCCUGUGCCUGUGCCCAGUGAAGUCUGUCGAUUUUGGGUCCCGCCAGACGUUUGCGUUUGGAACACCAUGGACCAUCAUCAUCACUUUCACUACCGUCACCAACAGGAGCACCAGCAGCAGCACCAGCAGCCCGAGCAGCAACAAGAGUUGGAAGAAUGGCACCAACAACUCGAUCUCGAGCAUCACAUUCGCCACUGCCAGUGUUCUUGCAAUCACAUGGGCUACGGCAAUUACUGGAGUUACAAGGAUAAUUUGGACAAGAUCGGCGACGAAUUUCUGGUAACGCCCAAUUGCGUCAGCAAUAAAACACAGCCGUGCAGUUCACCGGGCAGUUUCAACGGCCGAUCUGAAUUCUCUUCUUCCUCAAUACCGGCCGGUUAUUACGGCCAGAAUGGAGGCGGGACGAUUCCGAGAAACCACCGGCGACUGCAUCAACACUACUCCACCGGCGGUGGCAUCGUCGAAAGUCAUUUCCUAUCGCCGUCGAGUCAGGCGUCAGCCGGCUCGGCUUCGUCUGCCCGUCGACAUCUGCCGCAUCCGCUCAACGGUUCGGCGUCGAUGGUUGCCGAACCGGGUCUCGACGCCGACGACUUGAUGAACGACGAUAGCGACUCGGCUUCGCAGCAGUCUAGCCGACCAGCAGCCGAAGUUGGCGGCAAGCAAUGGUGCAUUCUCUGCAUGGCUCUCUUGGUUGCGCUGGGAACGGGCGUUGGCGUCGGCCUCCCAUUGGCCUUACGAUCCGGCUCGUCGCUGCAAGAACGACUCAUCGCCGCCCAGAACAUCUUGGCUCAAGUGCCUCUCAUUGACGGCCACAACGACAUGCCGUGGAACAUCCGCAAAUUUGCCGGUGGUAAGCUCAACACGCUGAGGGCCCUAGAAACUGGCCUUCAACAUCAAGACCCGUGGUCCAAGAGUGCCUGGUCGCAUACGGAUCUGCCCAGGCUGCGAGAGGGACGCGUCGGAGCCCAGUUCUGGGCGGCUUACGUCCCUUGCGGUGCCCAGUAUUUGGACGCCGUCAAACAAACGCUGGAGCAGAUCGAUUUGAUCAAGCGAAUGGUUGAUCGAUAUUCGGACUAUCUUCGAUUAGCCGUCGAUGCCAAAGGCAUUGAGGAAUCACAUCAGGAAGGACGGAUAGCCAGUCUAUUGGGCGUCGAGGGUGGCCACUCUCUGGGCAACAGCCUCGGCGUUUUGCGCACUUACUACGACCUCGGCAUUCGUUACGUCACGCUCACCCAUACGUGCAACACGCCAUGGGCAGACUGUUCCAUCGCCGAAGCCGAUCCUCAUCAUCCGCGUGAAGGAGGACUCACCCACUUUGGCAAGCUGGUGAUCAAAGAGAUGAACCGACUUGGUGUCAUAGUGGAUCUCUCUCACGCAUCUUCCGCUACCAUGCACCACGCACUGGACGCCAGCCGGGCGCCCGUCAUCUUUUCGCACUCGUCGACCCGUGCCCUCUGCAAUAUCACUCGCAACGUGCCGGACGAAGUUCUCAAAAGACUGGUGACCAACGGUGGAAUAGUGAUGGUGAGCUUCUUCAGCCUCUUCGUCAGUUGUAACAAGACAAGCACCAUCCCGGACGUCGUUGCUCACAUCAAUCACAUCCGGCGCGUCGCUGGAAUCGACCAUGUCGGCAUCGGUGCCGGUUACGACGGCAUCAACACGACACCUCAAGGAUUGGAGGAUGUCUCCAAGUAUCCGUACCUCUUCGCCGAACUGUUGCAGGAUCCAACGUGGACGGAAGAGGAUUUGAGGAAACUAGCCGGAUUAAACUUUCUCCGAGUCUUUCGACAAGUUGAAAAGGUUCGUGAAGAUCUUCGACGAGCCAACGCCUUGGCCGACGAGACGUCCAUCACCAACGAAGAGCUGAAGGGGCAACUGCAGUGCAUUUAUCAGGAGCGCAGCGCUGUGCAGUCGAUCGUUACCUGAUGAGAGAGAGAAACCCCCCACCGCUGGAAUGUACACAUUAAAUACAAUUACCUAUUCACCAAACCAACAACUUUUUCUUCCCAACCAGUGUCUCUAUCGUCAUCCGCCCAAAAAUAUUUUCUUCCCUAGCCCACCCUCAAUCUCCCACCCUCCCCACCUGAUCUGAUAUUGAUGUACAUAUUUACAUGCGUUUCUCGGCGAGAUCCUGAUGUUUUUGACUCUGUUCGCUCCGUUGGUCUUUCGGUUUUACAGAUUUUAUUUGAACCCGAGUUUGUCUGUUGCGUUGUUGUUGUUGUUGUUGCUGCUGUGCUUUUUUCCCACACACGCGAAAGUGAUGGCCGAAAAUGGGUACAGUACACACAUACCGGCACGUGCAGCGGGAGUUGUGCAGCAGCAGUAAAAUAUGUUAUUCCCGAUUUCGGUUUUCGUUUACACAAUUCCCCUUCGCAAGCAAUCACGAUGGCGCCGAAUAUUGAAUCCCAACGUUUCACGAUUGGUUGUUAUUCCUUCGUGGCCCAUUUUUGUUUUUCUUGUAAUAAUAAUAUUCUAUUUUUCGUUAUAUCCUUCAUUGUCGACGCCCGUUUCUCCUGCCUACCGUGUAGGCGCGGACAAGUGUGAAAUCCUUUUGUAUUUGAUAACACUUUUGUUGACAUAAACGGUCCGAAAUUUCAAA